CAGGUUAUUUGACUUCUUUGACUGGCAUCAAUACCACCCACCAUUACCUCACUUGUUCCUUGAUUUUCCACUGUGUUUGCCGCAUCCUUAUCCUUCGUAUUAAAAGACGGUUGUUUGAGUUGGGGCUUGUUCGCCAAAAGUUUCUUCUGUGCUGAAAAUCUCGUCCGGACAGCACGGGACUUCAUUAAGUAGGUAGAACACUGGUAGUGGGACACGAUCCACAGUCACCAUUGGGCGGUAUGUCUCAGAAUGGGUCGGUGGUAGAAUCUGAAGAAAAACCCUCCCCUGGGAAAGAAAAAGAGCAGGCCGAUUCUACGGACGAAAUUGCACCCACAGUGCUAGACACGACUGGCAACGACCAUCAUCUCACCAACGGCGAGAUACGAGAGCAUAAGCCAGAGGCCCCUGAAUCUCCCAUUAAGGCGCAUCAUCUACCUCAUCGACACCGUAUUUCAAGGACGCCUGGCCCACCGCCACCCAUCCGGAAGGUCGUCCACAAAAUCGAAUAUCGCCAUGUAUCCUCCAACGACAUUGUCUGGGAAGAGGAAUCCGAUCGCUUCGCGCCAUCAAGGACUCCGCCUGAGCAGCCAGUCCUAGAAGUCAUUACCAUAGCCUUCACAGCUCAGGAUCGGAGUCCAUAUCACUACCGAGAUGCACCACCAAAGGCGCCGCCAAUCCAUUCGAUGGGGGAAAAAUACAUCCAGAUUAAUUCCGCGGCCGUAGUCAAUGCGCUUCGCGCCGUGGUCGAAUAUUGUCCUGGACAGAAUCUUAUCGGGGAUAGUAUUACCAUCAGCGAGCCUUAUACCAUCCUGGUGCACCAUGAGAAAGAGCUAGCAACGUAUCGCGAGAACUUCGCGCCCGGGAAGUUAGAGGAUCAUUCUAAUGAUUCACAGUCGUGUCUUGUUGAAGAGGACACAUAUGAGCACCUAGGACUAGUACUUGAGUUCUUGCAGCAGACUUUGAAGGAUUCGUUAGAGAAAGAGAGAGCAAGACAUGAGCGAGAAAGACCAGUGACGACGUAUGACAUGCUUUGGACGUUAUUCCGGCCUGGAAUCGACGUCUAUUUCGACACACAGUCUUGCGGCAUUUUCGACUCGUAUGUGGUCCGCAGUGUGGAUUGGGAGAUCAAUAAUGGCUCGCCGGUCAGGUACACCAUUGGCUUGUGGAAUUUGUACUACAACGCCAUCUACGUUGGCCCAAGGAUCUAUACGGCCGUGGUGUUGCCAUUUGAUGGUGAGAAAGAGAUCGCGGAUUUGGAUAUCUUCCCUUGUGAAUUUUUGAGAGAAGAUAAGCAUAAGGAGACGCCUGAGGCGAUGAGAAAGAGGUUGGAGGAGAGAGGGAAGAUGUUUUAUCGCUUGACGAGUAAGCAAUGUAUGUGGUAUGAUGGGUUGACUACUACGUUUCCGAGACAGAGGUUCACCGGACUUGUCAUGGUUGACAUGGAGUCCUUUUGGUUGUCCUUGCACUCGGAUAAACCACAUCCAGAUGGAAAACUCCCUCCACCAAGACUUUCAGAUGAUGUGGGAGAACGCUCUAUCGGCGGGAUUCCGACGUGUUUCUGUAAGAGAUGCGUAAAGCUUAACAACGUGAAACGGAAAUCUAGAUUUGCGGAUUAUGCGAGAAUAAACCCGAUGACGACGAAAGAGUUGACGCCGCAUCAGUACUUUCUCUGCGACCGCUCUGCGCACGGGUUUAUCAUGAAAGUCCGGAACUGGCACCGCCUCGACGUCUCCAACUUCUCCGAACCGCGCUACGACACUGCCCUCGUCGACGAACUCGUGCUGGACCCCUCCACUCGCACACUUAUAAAGUCGCUCUCUUCCAAAUACACCGUUACACAACCCCCCUCUCAACCCGCCCCCAACAACGCAAUCGAAGACACAUCUGACCAAUGGUCCGCCGACUUCAUCCAAGGAAAAGGCUCAGGUCUGAUCUUCCUACUCCACGGGAAGCCCGGCGUAGGCAAAACCUACACUGCAGAAUGCAUUUCAGCAUACACACGACGACCGCUCCUAAGUCUCACGUGUUCGGACAUUGGCACCAACCCAAGCACAAUCGAAGCAAAAUUAGCGUACUGGUUCAAGCUCGCAAAACACUGGGGCGCCAUUCUCCUAAUCGACGAAGCGGACAUCUACAUGGAGCAGAGGGUCGCGCGAGACGUUGGCCGCAACAACCUGGUAGCCGGGUUCCUGCGUGCCAUGGAGUACUACCAGGGUCUACUUUUCCUGACAACAAAUCGAGUAGGGACGUUUGAUGAAGCAUUUAUGAGUAGGAUUCACGUUAGCAUUCAUUAUCCAGAUUUCCAUGAUGAGAAUCGUGGAGAGGUGUGGGAGGCGUUUUUCAAGAAGUUGGAGAGGGAAAGGGAGGGCGAGUUUGUGGUAGCUGGGGAGACGAGAAAGUAUGUUAAGACAAGUAAGGAGGUUAGGGCGGUUAAAUGGAAUGGGAGGGAGAUUAGGAAUGCAUUCCAAACUGCCGUUGCCCUAGCCGAAGUCGAAGACUCCAAGGACGAUCUCGGCCGUACAAUCCUCUCGCCAGAACAUAUCAAGCAAAUCGUACAUAUGAGCAGCGCGUUUAAGAAGUAUUUGGAUACGCUGCAUCAAGGGGAUGAGACACAACGCGCAAAGAGAGAGGGACUGAGGAUUGAUGACUGGGAUGAGAAAGAGGAGAGGGAGAGGGGGAGGGAAUUUUAUGUUUGAGUUAAAGAAGAUAUAAGGGGGGAGAAUAUGAGAUAUAGAAGGGGGUAUCGAGGUGCUUGAUCGGAUUUGGGAUACGGGAGGUUUGCAUGGACUUUUUAAUAGACUUCGAAGGUUUACAAGCCAAGUCCAGUGCCCAUCUCAAUCGAGCUUUCUUCAAUCCAGGAACUAAAAGAGGGAAGAGGUGACAAGAGUUCUUACAGUAGUGCUGACUUGAGAGAACAUUGCCUCUCAUAUUCUCUGGAUCCCGGAGAGGGUGUCAUUGUGUAAUCUAAUAUUUUGGAGAUGGCUGGCGGAGGUAAGGGAGG